ACCACCACCCCCACCGUGCCGCGCCACGCCACGCAACCCCGGCCGGCAUCGCGUCAGUGCCUUGACUGUCGCAUCUGCCGACGAGGAGGGGCCCCCGGAUCUCCACUAUCCGCCGGUCGGCUGCUGCUGUAUCCCCGUCAGCUUUACGGCAGGACCCCCCGGGCGCGGAUGCGUGUGAGCGGUGGUCUUCUCACCUCCCCCGAGGCGCACGAUCGGCUUCUCUUCAACAUGAGAGGACCUUAACGGGGUGUUUCUUUCUUUCUUUCGGCACACAGCUGAACGUGGGUACAUUGUCCGGGACGCCGAAAGAGGAGCAUGUAACCGGGAGGAACGCACCGGCGGCGCUCACCACCACCUGACACUUCUGUCUCUGUCUCGCUCCUUGUUUUGUCCCAGCCAGAGGCGUCUCGAUGUGCUGACUGAGCGGUCGUUUCGUCGUUUUUUUUUGGAUAUUACCUUGCAGCAAAAUGAGCGAAGACGUGUCCGAGGUCCACAAAGAGCUUCUAGAGAGUGUGAAGGAUGCAGUGGGGAGAAAGGUGAAGCUGUCACUCAGGAGGAAAGUCAAACUGGAGAUCAAAGGAGACAAGACGGAGAACAGAGUCCUGGCCCUGGCGUCUCACCGAACUUACCUCUUGACCGCGCGCAUUCCUGCCAAGGUGGAACACUCCUUUAAUUACCUGGAGAUCCAGGGGAUCGCUUGUAACAAGCCUACACAGCUGUUCGUCGAGUAUGAGCGCGGCUCGUUCUCUCUGAAGCUGCUCUCUACAGAGGAGGUCAACGAGGUGGUCGCUCACAUAGGAAACUGUCUGCUCAGGAUAUGUCCCGGCCUACAACCUAGUAAAGUGAUGAAGAAGCUCUGCAUGGAACCUCCAGACAGGCUGAUCUCUCUGCAGAAUCUGUGGGAGAACAACAAGCCUGCUGAGCCUGGACCUUGUGGUGGGUUUUCUCAGAUGUACAGAUGCGUCUGUGACUGGUUGGGGCUGCCUCACAAGGAAGAGGUGCAGUGGGAUGUGGACACCAUCUAUUUGACCCAGGACACCAGAGAACUUAACCUGCAGGACUUCAGCCAUCUGGAGAACCGAGAUCUGGUGGCAAUAAUAGCAGUGCUGGAGUUUAACCAGUGGUUCACCAAGCUCUCCACCAAGGACUACAAACUGUCUGCAGAUGUGUGCGAGCAGAUCCUUCGGGUGGUGUCUCGCUCCAGUCGUCUGGAAGAGUUGGUUCUGGACAACGCAGGACUCAAAACUGAUUUUGCCCAGAAGCUAGCUGCUGCCCUGGCCUACAACCCCAGCUCAGGACUCACCACCAUUAAUCUUGCCAACAACCCAUUGGAGGACAGAGGUAUCUCCUCCCUCGGUGCUCAGUUUGCCAAACUCCGGUUGGGGCUCAAGCAUUUAAACUUUUCAAAAACCUCACUGUCGCCCAAAGGGGUGAACAGCCUUUGUCAGUCACUCAGUGCCAACCCCUCUAUCCCCAGCAGCCUGGUCCAUCUGGACCUCUCAGGGAAUGUCCUCCGGGGGGACGACAUUCAGCAUUUCUACCACUUCCUGGCUCAACCCAACAGCCUGGCCACCCUGGAUCUCUCCAACGCUGACUGCUCUUUGGACCAGGUUUGCUCAGCUCUGCUGCGAGGCUCCGUCGAACACCUCUCCGUUCUUAAUGUGUCAAAGAGCGUCUUCCCUCACAGGAAAGGCAAAGAGGUGCCUCCGUCAUUUAAGCACUUCUUCAGCAGCACCAUGUCUUUGAGCUCCAUUAACGUGUCAGGAACCAAGCUGCCACCGGAGGCCCUCAAAGCUCUCCUGCUUGGUCUGGCCAGUAACCUCAAUCUGAAGGAUGCGUCUCUAGAUCUCAGCUGCUGUGAGCUUGGCCAUUGUCUGCGGUCCGGAGGCUCUCAGAUCCUUGAAGGUUGUAUUGCCGAGAUUCCGAACAUCUCCAGCCUUGACAUCUCUGACAACGGCCUGGACUCGGACCUGUCCACUCUGCUGGUGUGGUUGGCCAAGAACAGAUCCAUUCGACACCUGUCUCUGGGGAAGAACUUCAACAACAUCAAGUCCAAAAACCUCGCGCCCGUGUUGGACAGCUUGGUCCAUAUGAUUCAGGAAGAGGAGUCGCCCCUCACCUCUCUGUCUCUCGCAGACUCCAGGCUGAAGAGUGAUCUCACCAUUGUUCUGAACGCCCUCGGCAGCAACUCCUCGCUAACCAGGUUAGACAUCAGCGGAAACGCCAUGGGGGACAUGGGAGCCAAGAUGUUGGCCAAAGCGCUACAGAUCAACUCCAAACUCAGGACUGUGAUCUGGGACAGGAACAACGUCAGCCCUCAGGGUCUCCAGGACGUAGCAGCCGCUCUGGAGAAGAACUUUACUAUUCGUUUCAUGCCCAUCCCCAUCAUCGAUGCCUCGCAGGCUCUGAAGGCCAGUCCUGAGAAAACAGAAGACGCCUUGUUGAAGAUUGAGAAUUAUCUCUACAGGAACCAUGAAACAAGGAAAUAUCUCCAGGAACAGGCUUAUCGGCUGCAGCAGGGCAUCGUAACCACAACCACACAACAGAUGAUUGAUAGGAUUUGUGUGAAGGUGCAGGACCACCUGAACUCUCUGAGGAACUCUGAGACAGACGCCAUCUUGGAGGACGUCAGGUCAGCAGAGAACCUCAUCAAAGAUGCAAGAAACUCCAAAACGCUGCUCCCUAACCUCUACCACCUAGGGUCAGCUGCCAGAGAGGAGGUGAACAGCUCGUCAGUGGGACCCAUCCAGGAGAAGCUGGAGUCUAUGGCCGGGGAGGUGACUAACGUCAUGGACCAACAGCUACAGACUCUGCUGGAGUCGAUGGUGGACGCAGCAGAGUCUCUGUGUCCCCAUGUGAUGAAGAGGAGUAGUCUUCGUCCAGAGCUAAUAAAGGCCAGCUCGGCCAAGAUGGUGGUACCCAAAAGCUUUGUCACUAAAACCCUCCUGGAGCAGUCUGGGGUGGAUAUCAUCAACAAGAUCAGUGAGGUGAAACUGAGUCUGGCGUCUUUCCUGUCUGAUCGCAUUGUUGACGAGAUUCUGGAGGCUCUUUCUACUUCACAACUCACUCUGGCAGACCACCUGGUGCGGCGCGGUCGCCCUUUGGUACGGCAGGAGUCUGUGGAUCUGGACGUCCCGGAGGAAAAGAUUCCAAAAAGAGCGUCGACCGAGAUGCUGGAGGCCGAGAGGCUGGAGGAUCUAGAGACCUGCAUGAUUUUGUGCUGCACCAGCAUGACUCCUAAAUCCAAGAGGAAGAGCAUCCACAGCAGAAUGCUUCGGCCAGUGUCGCGUGCAUUUGAGAUGGAGUUUGACCUGGACAAGGCCCUGGAAGACGUCCCUAUCCAUGUGGAAGACGCUUCAACUUUAUCUCAAACUCCACCCACUCCGUCUCAGGUUCAUCCAAAAUCGGAGCACCGACCGCCAGUAGGGAUGGUGGAGCUGCCGUCCGAAGAGGAAAAGAAGCUGCAGCACUUCACCAAACUGCGACCACGACGGAACAAGAAAAUGCAUUCCAGCAAAAUACCUGAAAUCAACAGCGCCGCCUCUCAGGAUGGGGAGCAGAACGGCCUAAUGGGAAGGGUGGACGAAGGUGUGGACGAGUUCUUCUCUACAAAAGUCACCAGGAUGGACUCCAAACGUUCCAAGAGUUCCGAAUCUCAUGAUGGAGAGAAGAAAAAGAGUAAAGGAGGAUUCCUCAACCUCAUAAAACGUUCCUCCAAAUCAGAAAAGGCAGAUAAAUCAGACAAGUCCGAAAAAAAUCAGGCGACACCCCCAGUUUCAGGUAAGUCAGAGAAAACCCAGGCGACCAAUCCAGCUUCAGGUUCAUCCUCGGCCACAGCCGCCCCGACGCCGGCUUCCAUUCCAGAGGAGCCGUCUUCACCAAAGGUGUCAGUGAAGAGCCCAGCACCUGAGCCAAAGUCCAGAGAUGCCUCCAGCCGCUCCCAGCCCACCGACUACAGCAGUAGCUCGGACCGCUCAGAAGAGCUGCGGACACCAGACUCCAUGGACGAGCCCUGGGAGUGUUCAGACGGCCGCGGCAGCCCCCAAGGAAGCCGGCGGUACCAAGGGAUGCAAAUGAUGGGCAGCGGCCUCCUCGCCGAGAUGAAGGCCAAGCAGGAGAGGAGGGCAUACAAGUCUUCAAGCCCCGACAGACCGGACAGCAAUGCAACAGCCAAGCCCCCGCCCGUCAUUUCAGAAAGCCGGUCUCCCAGUGGCUCGAUUAACCAAUCAGACGCGGCGACGGGUCCUGCAGAGAAGCCCCCUCCUCGUGCCGAGGCAAAGCCCGACCCGGCCCGUCGUCUCAGGGCUACUUCCUCCUCUAGUUCUCCCGGGGGGCAAGUAAGUCCCAAACCACCAAUGCCGCAGGGAGCAAAGCCCGCCCUGGCUGCCCGACCCACCAUCCUCCAGAAGCCACGGACCGGGAGCAGCAGCAGCAGCAGCAGGAGGAGCAUAGAUGAGACGUCCGAUUCCCCGAGCAGUGGUGGUGUCUCUGCUAAGGUCACGGUUCUUCCUACCCCGCUGAAGAGGACGGUGUCACAGAGAGACAAAGAGGGACAGUCGGGCGGCUCUAUGAACAAAACCACUCAGGAUGGGAGGGCGGGGUUUGUGUCAGACUCGGCUCAGCGACCAAACCGCCUUCGUACCAACUCUGAGGACCACGGCUCCAUCAAGAUAAAGGAUCAAUCUACAAAAACGGACAAAGCGGCGGGCAAAAAAUCCUCGGACUCUGGGGAGGAAGCCGACAAAGACUUUAUUUUAACAGUAAACACCUGUUAACAUGAAAAAGCAACUAAAGAGGUUCUAUAAUCAUGCAUUGAUACAUUUUCAUUUAUACUGGCGGUGGUUUUCAGUCCGAUCCCAAAGUAAAGAUCCUCUUUGCUUUGCAGGAAGACCUGCUGUUGCAUCAUGCAGUAAACCGUUAGAACUAGCAUUUGGUUGUCUAUGAUAAGGCGAAACCAACAAUAUUAACACAGUGGGAAUAACCUCAGUAAGCUCUUGUAGUCAUAACUUGUCACCUAGUAAAGCAACCCGUGCCAAGUCUCAAAGAGCUUCCAUUUCUGACACCUUUUUCUCCUUUUUUCAUUCCUAAUCUCUGCUGUCAGGUGAAAAUCUGAUGUCUCUUAAAGAAUAACCUUUUCAGGAUUUGAGGACACUGAUGUUGAAGCAUAUUCAGCAAAGUAGUACUGAAUCUUAAAUGAAGUUUGCUCUGGAACCAGUAAACUCUUUGUGCAAAAGACAGAGACCGACAGAGAGAGAAGGACUGUGAAACUAUGAGUGUACAUUUCACUAAAAGCUUGUCUCCCAGGGACCAAACACAUGUAACAAUGAUAUCAGGAUCAUUGUACUGUACUUGAACUAAAACAUCCAACCAGAGCAGGACCCCACAGCAAUUGUUUCCAUCAAUAUAUUUGUAUAGAUGAUUUUUCUAAAUGUUAUUCUCAUUAUGUGCCAGUUACUUUUCUCUGGACUUCAGUGGUGACUGAACCCAUUAUGCAACUCAUCUUGUUGGGUUUUUUUCCCAGGAAAACACGGGUUUAGCUGAGAAUCUCAGCCCACCAUAAACAUAAACACACAUUUCACAAUUGAUGUAGCCUGUCUAACAGCAAAAAAACACCAGUCCUUUAGAGCAGACCGACUGGGCUUAAAGUCGGCUGGGACACAUGAAACCGCCUGUCUGCACUCUGCUUUGUCUCUUUGUGGGAGAGCUGCAGUAACCACAUGAAGUGUUGUACUGCAACUACCACUGAUAACUAAUCAAUAUGGCUUAAGCACUGUUAACUAACACUGUUCUCUUUGUUCAGACACUGUGGAAAAAAAUCAUUUACUGUAUCUAUGAUACCUUUAAACCGUGGAUGUCUAUUUUCUGCUGUUUAUGGCGGAAGUGAGUAUGUGUCUGUCAAUAAAGAGCCAUAGAGAGGCCCAUCAUAAAAAGGUUUAAUGGUUAAUAAAGUAACAACAGCUUUCUAUGUAGCUGGAACUUAACUUAAAAAAAACAAAAAAAAACAAAUGUUAACCACUUCUAAACUCACACAUACUCUAAAUUGCUCUUAAAGACAGAUUCAUACCUCACUUCUAGUAACACUUGUUGAUCAAUAUUAUUAUGAUCAAUGAUUAAUAUUAUGACAGAAAAAAUCUUCAGUCUUCUCUUUGUAUGAAAGCUGGAUACUGAGGAAACUCAGCUUUCAAACACUUUCAUGGAUUUCAAAUUCAGCUCAUUUUCAAUUUGUUCUGUACGAAGACAAGUUUGGAACUUCAAACUAUAAGGAUCUGGCAUUUGUUAAAACCUGAUUGAGAAAACCGUGUCUGAAGUGAACGUAAAGCGUAGCUAGAUUCUCACCACAGGGACCUUUUGGCUGUUCCUGACCUGAACGCUAUUCAAGACAACAAGGACACACGUCGGUCUCAGGCCGAUUCCCCUCAUCGCUGUCUUUUGCCAGCAAGGAAUGCCCUUUUCACACUGCUACACAGUCGACAUACAAGUUCUACAGAUCAUGUCCAAAACCAUUCAUCUCAUCAUCAAUAGACAAAGGUUAAAAAAAGAAUUCAGAUUUUGUCGACCGAUACCUCUUAUCUGCAGUUUGUAUGCCUAGCGUUGCUUUGAAUAGAUAAAGAGGUUUAGCCGUGUCAUUAAAUUAUGUCUUAUUCUUCUCAUAUUGGUGUUGCUAUACUUAUCAGUUAACACCCAAGUUGUGAUUAAGACUGAGAAAAAGCAAACAAACAUGGAGGCCUCACAUCAGUCAAUCAUUUAAGGGGAAUUACAUACAUUUACUGGAUAGAAUGCUAUAAUGUCAUUGGACGUCCUUUUCCAAUUACCUUAGCAGUCGUACAAAGUAAAGACAGAAAUGCUCAUCGCAAGUCAGCAACAUAAUAAUCUUCCUGACUUUUGUUCUACGUGAUGUGAACGCAGCAUUAAACCCUGUAAAUACCUGAAUGUGAGACCCAGCAGAUGCUUCAUUAUCUGUCUAUCUGUGCUACAGCAUUAAUAUUUAAUGUAAGCCAGCCGUCGCUCUUCAUGCCCGGUGUGAAAAGGGCACAACUGGUGUGUGUUUUGUUGUAUUGUCCUAUUCUAGUCAGAGCCAAAAGUCUUACUGGUGCACCUUGACCCAUGACGUCUUUUUUUCAAGAUUACGAUGAGAUUUUACUUGUUUGUCUCUCGUCAUUCCUCAGAAAUAACACAAGUUUCUUCUGUAAGUAGUUCAUUUAGUGUUAGAUGUCAACAACUGCUUCAAAUUACAGCCAAAGUUUCACAACUGAAGCAUUUCUUCUAGGUUGAGCGGUGUUCCAGGAUACUGGAUAAAAUGCCGCUGCAUCCUUUGCAAUAUGUUUAAAGCAAACGGGGCUGUGAGCUGGAUUGUUUUUGCCAUAUCCAAAUGGAAGGAAAUCUGUUUGGGAUUUCAGAAGCAGCUGGCUGUGUUUCUGUUGUGCGAAAGCCUGAUGAAUAAUUUGAAACUACUUCAUUUCUGUUAAAAAUAACCAGAAGCGCUGAGUCUUGACUCCUACGUCGACCUGUGUGUGACUGCAUGGUGUGGCUGUGAGUUGUACUGUAUGUAUAUACGUGCUUUCAUACAUGUAGGAGUGUGUGUGUGUGUGUGUGUGUAGAUAUGCAUGUGUAAUACACGCACAUGCAAUACACUAUGACACAUUCACACCCCUAUGUGAGUACAGCAAAAACCUAUUUUGUUUUGGUACUAAGUACACUACUAUACUAGGGGUUUGUUUUGUAAGUUAUUUGGAAUAAAAAGAAACAGUGGACGGUGAUGUAUUGAUCAUUUGUUGUUUUUAUUCUUGUACAUUGUGUUCAUAAAUGUAGUAAUUAUUUCAUUGUAUGUAUUAAUUUGCUGUUACAUGUAAUACGUUAAAUGCUACUUUCAUUAUGAUUUAAAAAAAUGAAAUGAAUGCAAAACCUUUCCCUGAGCUGGAAAAACUGAAUGCAUAAAAAAAUGACUUGUUUGCUCAUUAUCAGUCCUAAUAGGUUAUUUGUUCCAGUUUCUCAUGGCUCAAUAAAAUCCACUAAGUCAUUGUG